CAGCAACGAAGUUGAGGUGGACGAAAAGGAGCUUCGUCAGCUCAUGAUGAAGUCCCAGCGUGACGAGAUCAAGGGAUAUUCUCUUGCUGGCGGAAAGUCCGCAGUGCCCUCCAGGGCUCCCCCCAAACCUGCCGCUCAGCCACGUGCUGCUGCUCCUGUCUCCGGCGUCAAGGUCACUCAGAUUCGCCGCGGUGACGGUAUCAACUACCCUCAGCCCGGCGAUGUCUGCACCGUCCACUACGUCGGCAAGUUGAGGGCCACCAAGCAGGUGUUCGAUUCCAGCAUCAAGCGCGGUCCCCCCUUCACCUUCCAAGUGGGAACCGGACAGGUUAUCCGUGGGUGGGAUGAGGGAGUCCUUCAGAUGUCCCUCGGCGAGAAGUCUCAGCUCGUUAUCUCCCCUGAGUACGGUUACGGCGCCACUGGCCAGGGCCCCAUCCCCCCCAACGCUGAGCUUGUCUUCGACGUCGACCUCCUCGCCAUCAACGGGCAGAAGGCUGGCGGGCGAUUCGCCGGAGGCAACUAGAGCUUCUCCUGCUGCAGACGAGAGCAGUGAAUCACGCAACUACC